AUGGGUCGCAUCUACGCCGAGUCAGAGUUGGUCAUUGUUGCUGCAGCUGGCAGUACGUCCCAUUAUGGACUGCCGGGUGUUUCCACAAGACCCCGUAAAGCACAAAGAAUGAUCGAACUAGACACAGAAGUUCAAUUGAUCGAGAUGUUUGACAACGAUUCGACAUUGAGAGAAAGUGUGUGGGCUAAGAGAGGCUGGACCCAUCAGGAGGGCUAUUUGGCAGCACGUAGACUCGUGUUCACUGACAACGAAGUCUCCUACUCAUGUGAGCGUGGAGUAUGUCAAGAGUCUGUAAAGCGCCCUGGCAUCGACGACCAUGACUUUUACAUGGAAAACUAUUAUCCAGGCUUCCCGCUGGAAACCAAGUCACAAAAUCGUGUUGCCGACGUGUUGAACAGCUACUCGGCCAGGAAGCUGUCCUUCGAGGGCGACAUCCUCAGCGCCUGUACCGGAACUUUGGAAAAGCUUGUCGACCUUCACUUUUGGGGUAUAGUUGCUAGAAUCUCCGCUUCUACCUCCGAUAUCGAGCUCUCCUUAGAGUGGAGCAACUAUCCUUAUCCUGGCCAAAAAAGAACAAAUUUUCCGAGUUGGUCGUGGGUGGCAACAACGGGUACGAAACGUAUAAAGGUCGAUACCCACAGGAAUGACCGAAGCUUCGUCGCCGAAGUCCUCGCAACUGACGGACGUUGGUUGACUUCAGGAAACCACAUCGAGAGUCGAUAUGACUCUUUGCCCGAGGGCUCUGGUCCCACCCUGCGACUUACAGGUUCGUUCUAUACAGCCUCCUUGAUGUCCGGCAAACUCCAGAAGCAUGGAGAGGAGUCAGAGAAAAGGCCUUUGGUUGUUUUCCAGUACACGGAUGCUACUGGUGAUGGAAACGAAUUAGUCCUCGAAUUGUGGCUCGACACUGAACUCACAGACCCUAUCUUGCCAGUGACUGUCAAAGCCGCUGCAGCGGACGGUCGCGGGGCCACCAUAUUCACCGACAAAAACUUCAAUGGCCGGUCAACCGCCAUUCCCGCCAACGACUUCUGCACCGACAUAGACAACAUCUUUGGCAACUUCGAUGGCAAGAUCCGCAGCGUCACCGUCGAGAAGGGCUACCACUGCAAGUUCUACACUGGCCACGACUGUCCUGCCAACGGCCAGAAGAUGGAAUGCGGCAGCAAGGACCAGGCGUCGGUGUUUGGAGAUCUGGGCACGUUCGACUACAAGAUCCAUAGCGCGUACUGCACGAAAAUAUAG